AUCAAACAAUAAUUUAAGUUAAGGUUAUAAAGUAAGUAGGCAUUUCAAAAAUAUGUCUAGUUCCACCUUGAUAAAUGCCUUUGCUUACCAGAAAAAGCUUGAAACUCCAGUGUACGUGGUUGAAAGAACGAGAGAAGGACUUUUGAAGGCAACCUGUACCUUCCUCGAUUACGAAACUAUAGGAUACGGUACCAAUAAACGUGUAUCAAAGAACCAAGCUGCUGAUUUAAUGUGGCAAAAGCUCCUUGAACAAUACCCAACCCUAGACACUGGUGUGAUCGAUGAUUCUAACAGCCCCAGUCCUAGUCACAAUAAAAGUGAAGUAAACCCCAUUGAGUUAAAACAGGAGCUACAUAAUCUCGGGUUCACAUACACCUUAUAUAUUUUUCAAAUGGAACCGUUAGUUUUAAAACUGGUGGGCCAAAACGGAGUCAUCUUAUUUUCAGCCAAGCGUGAAAUUGAAGCAUCAGUCGAAGAUAUCCUAAACUUGGCUGUUAAAAUGGCAAAAGCAGAAGUCGAAGUGAUAUGAACUGAACAAAUUCGAUUAGAAACUCAGGAACACACCGUUUAUAACAUAAUUUCCUAUUAUUGACUUUCACUAUCAUUUAAUGUGAGGUACCUUAAGUAAAAUACUUAUUGUUAGGUCACACCAGUUAAUAAAUAGAUGCAUUCAAUCAAA